AGAGUCUUGUCUCUGUGUAUUUUAGUGUUAAGACGAUGCGGGACACAACAGUGUGUGACAGUAAACAGAGCUUACAGGAGGAUCAAACCUCCACAGAGUCUCUGGAUUCUGUCUGUAACGCUGAAGAACAGCAGCAGAUCCUGCAGACCAAACUGAAGAUGUGUUCAGUUAAACUCAUCGACUGCACGAACCUCAUGAUGAAGAUUAAAACUGAACCCACAGAAAUGAAAACUGAACCCACAGAAAUGAAAACUGAACCCACAGAAAUCGAAACUGAACCCACAGAAAUGAAAACCGAACCUACAGAAAUCAAAACUGACACCACAGAAGAGGAAGAUCGCACUGAGGAAGAUGAUGAUUUUAUUCCAUCAGAUGUGAAGAGUGAUUCAUGUUUGGAUAUAGAAAUAACGUCCUCAACAUCAAAAGAGCGACUGACAGCACAAACUCUUUCCUGCAUCACCUGUGGAAAGACAUUCAGCUCACAGAGACUUUUAGAGAGACAUGAGAGAAAACACACAGAACAGAAACUCUUCACCAGAUCUGAGAUCAGCUUUACUACCUUACAAGAGAAGAAACUUCAUUCAGAAGACCACAGAGAGAAGAAGAAGAAGAAGCAGUUUCACUGUGAGCAGUGUGGGAAGAUUUUUGGCUCUUCCUCUAAUCUAAAUGUUCACAUGAGGACACACAGUGGUGAAAAGCCUUUCAACUGCACUGAAUGUGGAAAUUCCUUCAAAACCAAACAACAUCUUAAAAUUCAUCAGAGAGUUCACACUGGAGAAAAACCUUACGAGUGUCCUCACUGUGAGAAGAGAUUUAGCUGUAAAUAUAAUCUGAAGAGACAUGUGCUUUCACACACCAAUGAGAGACCGUAUCAGUGCAGUGAAUGUGACAAAACCUUUAGGGAUUCAGGUUCAUUAAAAAAACACCAGAAUACUCACAUUAAAGAGAAACUCUAUCAGUGUUCACACUGUGAGAAACGUUUCCGUCAUGAAUAUCAGCUGAUAGUCCAUCAGAGAAUUCACACUGGAGAGAAACCUUACGUCUGCUCUCACUGUGGAAAGAGCUUCACUAGUUCAUCUAAAUUCAGAGUUCAUCAAAGAGUUCAUACUGGAGAGAAACCUUAUCUCUGUAGUGUAUGUGGGAAGAGUUUUAGUCAAGGGUCUUCAUUACUAAAGCACAAGAGAAUUCAUACAGGUGAAAAACCUUUCAAAUGCUCUCAGUGUGACAUGACGUUUUCUUAUUCAGGUCACUUCAAAGUCCAUCAGAGAGUUCACACUGGAGAGAAACCUUACGCUUGCUCUCACUGUCGAAAGAGCUUCACUAGUUCAUCUAAAUUAAUAGUUCAUCAGAGAGUUCAUACUGGAGAGAAACCUUAUCACUGUAGUGUCUGUGGGAAGAGUUUUAGUGAACAAACUACAUUACUAUGUCACAAGAGAAUUCAUACAGGUGAAAAACCUUACAAAUGCUCUCAGUGUGACAAGACGUUUGCUCAGUCAAGUUCCUUAAAAUACCAUCAGAGAGUUCAUACUGGAGAGAAACCUUAUCACUGUAGUGUCUGUGGGAAGAGUUUUAGUCAUGGGUCUUCAUUACUAAAGCACAAGAGGAUUCAUAUAUGCAAUCCACCGUGCCAUUUGCCGUUGCCAGUUAUAGGUCUCAUCACUGUAGUGUGUAUAGGCCAAACAAGAAGCCAUAUCUAAACAUGCCUCAAAAGUGCAUGCGUUUUCUUUGGGCCAAGGCUCAUUUAAAAUGGACUUUGGCAAAGUGGAAAACUGUUCUGUGGUCAGACGAAUCAAAAUUUGAAGUUCUUUUUGGAAAACUGGGACGCAAUUUCAUCUGGACUAAAGAGGACAAGGACAUCCCAAGUUGUUAUUAGCGCUCAUUUAAGAAGCCUGCAUUUCUGAUGGUUUGGGGUUUGCAUGAGUGCGUGUGGCAUGGGCAGCUUACACAUCUGGAAAGGCACCAUCAAUGCUGAAAGGUUUAUCCAAGUUGUAGAGCAACAUAUGCUCCCAUUCAGACGUUGUCUCUUUAGGGAUAACCUUGCAUUUUCCAACAUGACAAUGCCAGACCACAUACUGCAACUAUUACAACAUUAAGACUGCGUAGAAGAAGGAUCUGAAUACUGAAAUGGCCAGCCUGCAGUCCAGAUCUUUCACCCACAGAAAACAUUUGGCACAUCAUAAAGAGGAAGAUGCAACAAAGAUCUCAGACAGUUCAGCAACUAGAAGCCUAUUUUAGACAUUGGUCCUCCUCCAGCUGUUCAUUAUAUGUACAUUUAACUUUCUGGCCUCUUAUUGCUACCUCUCCCAACUUUUUUUGGAAUGUGUAGCUCUCAUGAAAUCCAAAAUGAGAAAAUAUUUGGCAUGACAUUUCAAAAUGUAUCACUUUCAACAUUUGAUAUGUUAUCUUUAUUCUAUUGUAAAUAAAAUAUAAGUUUAUGAGAUUUGUAAAUUAUUCUAUUCCUUUUUAACGCCCAAUUUCUACAGUGUCCCAACUUUUUCUGAUUUAGAGUUGUACGACAACGCCCUCACAGCAGUAGGCAGCGCAAAUAUAACGACAUGCCUAUAAUCCCUCCCACUCUAAAGUAAAACUAACUUGAUGGAAAAGUUAACCAAGCCAAAGUGAAGUGAGCUGACCCGACCUGACUCACAAAUCAGUGCGGCUCUGAAGGCCUGGUAGAGUAAUAAUUUUAAUGAGAAAUCAUUUGUAUUGUGUACAGUCGUGGCUCGACAGUCGAGGCGAGCUUGCUGAGGAAUGGCAGCAGGCAGGUGUGAGCGCAUCUGCACGCACAGUGAGGCGAAGACUUUUGGAAGAUGGCCUGGUGUCAAGAAGGGCAGAAAAGAAGCCACUUCUCUCCAAAAAAACCCAUCAGGGACAGCUUAAUCAUCUGCAGAAAGUAUAGUGAAUGGACUGCUGAGGACUGGGGCAAAGUCAUAUUCUCAGAUGAAGCCCCUUUCCGUCUGUUUGGGGCAUCUGGAAAAAGGCUUGUCAGGAGAAGAAAAGGUGAGCGCUACCAUCAGUCCUGUGUCAUGCCAACAGUAAAGCAUCCUAAAACCAUUCAUGUGUGGGGUUGUUUCUCAUUCAAGGGAGUAGGCUCACUCACAAUUCUGCCCAAAAACACAGCCAUGAAUAAAAAAUGGUACCAAAAUACCCUCCAACAGCAACUUCUUCCAACAAUCCAACAACAGUUUGGUGAGAACAAUGCAUUUUCCAGCACGAUGGAGCACCGUGCCAUAAGGCAAAAGUGAUAACUAAGUGGCUCUGGGAUCAGAACAUUGAAAUUUUGGGUCCAUGGUCUGGAAACUCCCCAGAUCUUAAUUCCAUUGAGAACUUGUGGUCAAUCCUCAAGAGGCGGGUGGACAAACAAAAACCCACUAAUUCUGACAAACUCCAAGAAGUUAUUAUGAAAGAAUGAGUUGCUAUCUGUCAGGAUUUGGCGCAGAAGUUGAUUAAGAGCAUGCCCAGUCGAAUUGCAGAGGUCCUGAAAAAGAAUGGCCAACACUGCAAAUACUGACUCUUUGCGUAAUAUCAUGUAAUUGUCCAUAAAAGCCUUGAAACAAAGAUAUAAAAGUAGUUUAGCAGCAAACUUUGUGAAAACUAAUAUUAAUGUAUGUCUCAAAACUUUUGGCCACAACACUACAUUUCCAACACAGACAGUAGUGUCUGUGGGAAGAGUUAAUCAACAGUCAAACUUUGUAAAGCACCAGGGACCUCAAUAAGGUUAUGACACCAAAAAUAGCUUUAAAUAUUAUUAAAUAGUAACUAAACCCCAAACCAACUUUUUCAGACAAUGAUAUGUAAGUAUGGGGCUUUACUAGUGCUGU